AUGGUGGUUUAUUUAGAUGAAUUUUGCGGCGCCGUAAUCUGGGAAACCGAGAAUUCCGCCAUUGAGCUUCAGUCACAAGAUGCUACCAUGUACACCGAUAACCUGGACUGCGUAGUUACCAUCAGCGCUAACCCCGGUAGACAGAUCUUGUUAACGUUCACGUUUUUCUCGAUUCAAAGCAGCGAAGGUUGCACGGCAGACUACCUGUAUGUGUACGACGGCCCCUCCACCGAGUAUGACAUGGUAAGCGGUGUGUGCGGCAAUAGCUUGCCCGCCGACGUGGUCACGUCCGGUAACAACGUGACGCUAAGACUGAAGACGGACAACACUGAUAACAACUUUGGGUUUGGGUUAUACGCUACCAGUUUCGGUUUAGCGCCAUGCUCUGAUGACGGCGAAUUUGAGUGCAGUAACGAGCGGUGUAUUGAUUCGGCGUUACAGGACGACUUCAUCAACAACUGCGGGGAUUUCAGUGACGAAGGGGAUUUCGGAGAAAUUGUCGGAGGGAUACUGGCUCUCGGCAUGGGCGUGGUUAUUGUCAUUGUAGUAGUUAGCGUCUUGCUCGUCAUCUGCUGCAUCUGUGUAUGUGUCUGUGCUUGUGUCAAGUGCUGCAAGAAAAGUUGCAGUAAUCAGCGCCCCGUACACGUGGUACACGGUCAGACUGCUUAUUAG